AUGGCAGUAUUAUUUGUCAGUAUCGGCCACGCCAAAGCUGCAUUAUUGAACCAGUAUUUCGCAGAUCUGUACAAAGGGCAAUUGAUUAUAAGAUUUGACGACACAAACCCUGAUAAAGAAAGUAACGAGUUUGUGGAUAAUAUUCUGAACGAUAUCGAAAAUCUGGGGAUUAAAUAUAGUACCGUGACGUACACGUCGGACUACUUCCCACAGCUAAUGACAAUGGCACAAAGAUUGAUUCUUGAGGGUAAAGCCUAUGUUGACGACACUCCAUUCAAGCAAAUUAAAGGCAAAAGGUUUGAAGGUAUAGAGUCGAAGUGCAGGAAUAACAGUGUGGAGGAGAAUUUUAACUUAUGGAAGGAAAUGAUAGCUGGAUCGAAAAGGGGUUUGAUCUGCUGUGUGCGCGGUAAGCUGGACAUGGGGGACCCGAACAAGUUGGUUAGGGACCCUGUUUAUUACUGCUGCAACUCGACUCCUCACCAUAGGGUUAGUUCGAACUAUAAGGUGUACCCAACGUAUGACUUUUGUUGUCCGUUUGUUGAUGCUGUGGAAGGUAUCACUCAUGCACUUAGAUCGAGCGAGUACCGUGACCGUAAUGGACAGUAUUCAAGAAUUCAGACAGAUAUGGGUUUGAGGAAGGUCCAUUUGGACGAAUUCAGUCGGUUGAAUAUGGUGUACACACUCUUGAGUAAGCGCCAUUUGCUGUGGUUUGUUCUGGACGGAAAAGUCGAAGGUUGGGACGAUCCUCGUUUUCCUACUGUACAAGGAAUAGUUCGGAGGGGUCUCAAGAUUGAAGCAUUGAAGCAGUUCAUUACGGAACACGGCGCAACGAAGAAUGUCAAUCUUUUGAAGUGGGAUAAGCUGUGGGCGAUCAAUAAGAAGAUUAUAGAUCCUGUGUGCCCACGGUAUACUUCCGUUAUUGAAGACAAGCGCGUGUUGCUAACUCUAACCGAUGGACCGAAAGUACCCUUUGUCCGGAUUUUACCGAAACACAAGAAAUACGAAGGUGCUAGAGAGAGAGGUGUGACGUACUCAAAUAGGUUAUGGAUAGAUUAUUCAGAUGCUGAAUUAGUCUCGGUGAACGAUGAAGUAACCUUAAAGGAUUGGAGUAAUGGGGUAAUUAAAGAGAUCAAGAGGGGCGAAAAUGGUAAUGUUACUCAACUAGUGGGAGUUUUGCAUCUCGAAGGAAGCGUUAAGCAGACGAAGAUGAUGAAGCUUACAUGGUUGGCUGAUUCGACUGAGCUUGUGAGACUUACGCUGGUCGACUUUGGUUAUCUAAUUACAAAGCCUAAGUUGGAUCGACUGAAGUCCGGAAAAAAAGGAAGAUUGUAUUCCGUGGGUGAAUCCACGUACGAGAACCGAAACAUUAGCAGUGGGGGAAUCGGAUACGCGGAAUUUGAAGCGUGGAGAUGUAAUGCAGCUGGAGAGAAGAGGUUAUUACAAAUGUGAUGCUCCUUUCGUACGACCUUCGAAGCGCGUGGUACUGUUUGCGAUUCCAGAUGGGAAACUUAAUAUUGAUGAUGGAUCAAUUAUAGCAUCUAAUAAUAAAGCUGAAGUAUAGGGAUUUUUUUUUUGUAGUUGAUAAAAAUUAUGAUUUAUUUAUUGAUAACAUAAAUAUUAAU